AUGGUAGAUCAAGCUUAUUAUGCCAAAGGAUUUCAGAAGUCUAUAUCAAACACUCAUUCAUCAAGAAAUGUUGAAAAUUCAGGCAAGUUUGUUACAACAGUUUUAAAACCAAACUUUAAAAUGUUAGAUGUAGGAUGUGGACCUGGAUCAAUCACUAUAGAUUUUGCUAAAUCUUAUUUGACUUGUGGUGGAUCAAUUAUAGGUAUCGAACCCACUCAUGAACUAGUUGAUGCAAGUAAUGAGUUGAAAAACAAAGAAAAUGUUAUAAAUGCUGAGUUUCAAUUAGGUUCAAUUUACAACAUACCAUAUCCAGAUAAUACAUUUGAUUUAGUGUAUUCACAUCAAGUUAUAGUACAUAUCAAAGAUCCAAUAAAGGCACUAAGAGAAUUGCUUAGAGUAAUUAAACCAAAUGGAUUUGUUUGUGUAAGAGAUGCAGAUAUAGAAUCGACAAUAAUAUCUCCCGAAAAGUUUAAUUUGUUGAAAGAGUACAGUAUUUUGCUAGUAAAUAAUAACGUAUCAUCAGAUAUUAAAGCCGGUAGGUAUUUAAAAUCAAAAGCCAUAAAAGCAGGGUAUGAUCCAUCAAAAAUAAAAUUAACAAUAAGUUCAAACUUGUUUAGCACUAAACAAGAGAAACAAGAUUGGGCCAAUAUGUAUACUAAUAGAAUUAAAAAUGCUGGUGAAAAAGCGUACCCUGAAGAUCAUGUAAAAGAUGAAGAAGUGAAGAAUCAAAUCUUAAAAUUAUAUCCUGAAUGGGUUGAGGAUGAUACUUCUUUAAUUAGUAUUCCAAGCUUUGAAAUGAUUUACCAAAAAAAGAGAAACUAA